AUUAUUUAUGAUAUAACUGUUGCGCUUAGUGUUAUACACUCGGAAAGUGCAAUUCAUAGAGAUUUACAUUCUGGGAAUAUAUUAUAUUCACAACUAAAUCAAGUUUGGUUUAUUAGUGAUCUUGGGUUUUGUGGACCAGUCAAUAAGCCAUUAAAAAGCAUAUAUGGAAACCUUCCUUAUAUUGCACCAGAAGUUAUUGUAGGAAAAAAAUUUACCUUUGAAUCUGAUAUUUAUAGUAUUAGUAUGCUUAUGUGGGAAAUUUCAUCUGGACAACCACCAUUUAUUAAUUAUGAAAAUGAUUAUGAUCUUGCACUGAUGAUUGUUAAUGGUAUAAGACCUAAAGUUGUGCCAGGAACUCCUUUAGAAUACGUAAAUUUAAUGGAACUGUGUUGGGAUGCUGAUCCAUCUAAAAGGCCUGACAUUAAUACAUUAAUAGAUAAAAUUUAUCUAAUUUUGCAAUAUAUAAAUAGUUUACCUCAAUUGGAAGUAAAUAGUAACUUAGAAAUACAUAAUCUAGAAACAAAUUACGUAAGUAGUACAAGUAAACUUUUUGAAUUUAAUUAUUUACCUGAACCAAGGAAUGCAACAUCUGAAGAACAAGAAGUAUUUCAUAGUAAAACAUAUGAUUUUAAAAUUCCUGAUAAUAUUGAUGAUUUCGACAGGUCAUAUAAGCAGAACAGUAAUAAUUCGUCAAAAAUAAUUAAGAUUUUUAAAGAUAGUAGUAAAAAGUUAUCUAAAUUAUUCAAAAAAUUGCAAAUAAAUUCAAAUGAUGAUAAAAAUGAAGCAAUUCAACAACAAAUAAAAAGGCAAAAUAUUGAUAUUUAUGACGAAAUGGACGAAGCAUGUAAUAAUCCCAAUCUUCAUUCAGAAGAACAAGAUGAAUUUGAAAUUCCUGAUGAUGGAUUUUAAAUCGUUCUUUGAUAACUUAAAU